AAGGCUAGAGUAGUCAGAACCAAGCAUGGCGGCCUCUGGAACCAUAGUUUCAGAUCUAGAGGUGGUCCGAGGCAAGCGUGCCGCUCUCUUCUUCGCCGCGGUGGCCAUCGUGCUAGGGCUGCCGCUCUGGUGGAAGACUACGGAGACCUACCGGGCGCCUCUGCCUUAUUCCGAGAUCAGUAGGCUGAAUGCCCUGCAGCUCCGGCUCAAGGUGCCAGUCACUGUGGUGUUUACCCGAGGGUCAGUGCCGUUGGACGAUCGGGAGAAGCUGCCCUUCACCGUUGUGCAUGAGAGACAGAUCCCUCUGAAAUACAAAAUGAAAAUUAAAUGCCGUUUCCAGAAGGCCUAUCGGAGGGCUUUGGACCAUGAGGAAGAGGCCCUGUCAUUGGGCAGUAUACAAGAGGCAGAAGCUCUGUUAGCCGAGCCACAGGAACAAGCAGAGGGCACCCUGACUGUGUACGUGAUCUCUGAACACGCCUCAGUUCUCCCCCAGGACAUGCUGAGCUACAUUGGGCCUAACAGGACAGCAGUCCUGAGGGGAUUGAUACACCGUGAGGCUUUUAACAUCAUUGGCCGCCGCAUAAUCCAAGUAGCCCAGGCCAUGUCUUUGACUGAAGAUGUGCUUGCUGCAGCCUUGGCCGACCACCUUCCAGAGGACAAGUGGAGCGCUGAUAAGAGGCGGCCUCUCAAGUCCAGCUUGGGCUAUGAGAUCACCUUCAGUUUACUCAACCCAGACCCCAAGUCCCAUGAUGUGCACUGGGACAUCGAGGGAGCCGUCCGGCGGUAUGUGCAGCCCUUUCUGAAUGCCCUCAGUGCCGUUGGCAACUUCUCUGUGGACUCUCAGAUCCUUUACUAUGCAGCGUUGGGGGUAAACCCCCGCUUUGACCCAGCUUCCUCUAGUUACUACUUGGCCGCACACAGCCUCCCCCAUGUCAUCAACCCGGUGGAGUCCCGCCUAGGAUCCAGCGCCGCCUCCCUCUAUCCUGUGCUCAACUUUCUUCUCUAUGUACCUGAGCUUGCCCACUCCCCCUUGUUCAUUCAGGACAAGGAUGGGGCUCCGGUGGCCACCAACGCCUUCCACAGUCCCCGCUGGGGUGGCAUUAUGGUAUACAAUGUGGACCCCAAAGCCUACAAUGCCUCGGGGCUGCCGGUGCGAGUCGAGGUGGACAUGGUGCGAGUGAUGGAGGUGUUCCUGGCUCAGUUGCGGGUGCUCUUUGGGAUUACUCAGUCCAAGUUGCCUCCAAAAUGCCUGUUUCCAGGGCCUAAGAGUGAAGGGCUAAUGACUUGGGAGGUAGAUCGGCUGCUUUGGGCUCGGUCAGUGGAGAACCUGGCCACAGCCACCACCACUCUCACUUCCCUGGCCCAGCUUCUGGGCAAGAUCAGCAACAUUGUCAUUAAGGACGAUGUGGCAUCUGAGGUGUAUAGGGCUGUAGCCGCAGUCCAGAAGGCAGCAAAGGAGUUGGCCUCUGGGCAGCUGGCCUCUGCCUUCGUUGCCAGCCAGGAAGCUGUGACAUCCUCGGAGCGUGCCUUUUUUGAUCCCUCACUCCUCCACCUCCUCUAUUUCCCCGAUGACCAGAAGUUUGCCAUUUACAUCCCACUCUUCCUGCCUAUGGCUGUGCCCAUCGUCCUGUCUCUGGUCAAGAUCUUCCUGGAGAUCCGCAAGUCCUGGAAAAAUCCUGAGAAGAUAGACUGAGCUGGGCAGCAUCUCCAUAGGAAGCCUUCCUUUCUGGCCAGGGUGGGAGAUGUUAGGUGGAGAGGCACACACAUGGGGUCUGCCAUGAAUGACCUGUCUCCAGCCUCCUCUGUUGCCUCCCCAGCCACCAGAAUGUAAAACUCCAUUCUUCUGGCUCAGGUUUCCCACCCCCAUCCUCAAAAAAUGCAUCAUCUCAGUCUCCUUUGGCUUGAACUUGAAGGCCCUCUCCUAUACCUCUGGGGCAGAGGCAGCUUGUGCUUCUGCCCUGUUAUUCAGCCCUUUUGUACUGAGAGGGGAUAUUAGGGGAAAGCCUGGGGUGGUUUUCUGGCCCCUUCCCCUCCAUGCUUCUCUCUACCCCGCAGAGAGAGCCCAGCACUGCUCUCAAGGAAGGGCCAGGCAGAAGUCUCUGGGGCCUUCUCCCUUGGUACUCGCCCCGCCGCCCCCCGCCCAGUGACACCUGUUGAGUACAGCCUGAUGCUGUGUAUGUGGCAGAGGUUCCCUCCACUGUUUCACAGAGACUUGGGAUCAAACAUGCCUGAAUUUGAAUCCUUGCUUCUGCACUUAUCAUCUCGGGAGCUCUGAAUAAGCUACCUAAUAUCUCUGAGCCUCAGUUUUUCAUUUGUUAAAAGAACACUAGUGAUACCUCCCUUACAAGGUGGUUGUGAGCAUUAAAUGUGAAAGUGUCUGGCAUAUUCUAGGCUCUCAAUAAACAUUGACUGAAUUGGAAUGAUGUGAAGUAUGAGCAUAGCUUUG